AAGACCGCCCACCGCACCAUGGCGACUAGCCAUUAGGAACCGACUGGAACCAUUAAAUACCAUUAGUGUACCAUUACAGAGCAUCCGGAAAACACAGAACUGCAUUAGAAACCCCGUAGAGAUUUCUGGGCUGACACAACACUGAGGGCUGCCUGACAGCAAACUCAGGACCAGCAGGCUGUAUCUGCCCUGAAGAUGUCUCGUCGGAAGCAGACAAAGCCAAACCCUCUGGAAGCUCUGGAAGGUUUUAAUAUGGACUUUGAGAAAUCAAGAAUUCUGUAUCCUUACCUCGAAAGUGAGGAGAAAGAAACACCACUGCAGGGACACAGUGGAUACUCAGUGAAAGAAAAGAGCUCAACAGAAUCAACAUCUUAUCUGGAGAUCAUGAAGAAGCAAAUUGCUGAAAAAAGACAGAGGGAUUUCUCAGACAGUGAAGAAGAAUCUGUUGUGCCCUACAAACUUUACCAGGAACUUCAGGAUAGCUAUGUAAUGCUGAAAAGGCGUCUCAGAGAGAAGGACAUGGUUAUCGCGGGGAAGGACGCUGUCAUUAGGAAGCAGAGGCAGAAGUGUAAAAGGAUGUCAGUGGAGCUGGAGAAAAUAAGGAAACUGAAUAUAUGCCUUCAAGAGCAACUUCUUUUGAAAGAAACAGGAACCCUUAGGACACAAACAAUUGCCACAGAGACCACAGAACCCUCGUGGGACCCCACAGGAAAUCUAAUGUUUUCUGAAGUGGAACCCAAAAUAGAACCCCCAGCUGAGACUCUAGAAGAAAAUAACUGUGGCCAGGUCAGCCUUGGAUGUGGGGUUUUUUUGGACAAACAAAAGUGGAACGUUAUUCAAAGAAUGGACUCUCAUUCUAAGUUCUGUAAGUCCUUGGCCGUAGCGAUCUGGGGCAUCGAGACGCUGAAGGAAAGGACUGUGACUGGCUCCAAAUCCAACGCUGUCAAAGGGUCUGUGGCAAAACCGCCAUUAUCUCCAGAGAAAGUUGGUGUCAUCAGAGACUGCCUGAAGGAGCGUCUUCAGCGGCGCGGCUAUCAGAAGGAAGCAGUUGACGGGCAGCUGCGUUUGGUGCGACGUUUUCUCUCUGAGAAAAUUUGCGAUAUCAAACGAAAAGCUGGUAUAAUUCCAGAGGGAACCAGCUCCAGUCCCUCCAUUGAUUUACAGAAGUGACCUUUUCCCUCCCUGAAGUCCUCCUUUGGUUCUACUAUUAAGCACUACAAGCGCAACUAUUCCAAAGAAGAGUCUAUUGUUGCAAAACUAAGGACAGACGUGGCCAGCACACUGGACACUAUAUUAGUUGCAGAGACGGGCAGUAUUUCAUGUACAAGUGAAUUUUGUUGUGUGUUUUGCAUUUCAGUUACAUGUAAAUCUGAAUUGUGUUGUUUUGUAUUUUAUUAAUACAAAUGAUUAUUUACCACACAGUCAGUGGUAUAAAAACAAAUGUGUCUGUACAUAUGAGCCAAUAUGCAUUUGUGUGCCUUUCUCUUUAUUUAUAAAACUCAUGAUGUAA